AAUCUGAUUGUCUCACUUCACUUGCAGUACACUGAAGACGGGCCUAAGGUGACCAGCUACUGUGACCAGACCAUGCCGGGGUGGGUCCAUGAUGUCCUGGGACACAACUGGGCCUGUUUCGUGGGGAAGAAAGUGAAAUCAGUACCACCCCAAAUAGAUUACAAACCACUCUUCAGCAGCAGGCUGCUCGAGAAGCCGUACAAACACAACCUGGACUUUGUUGAUUUAAUCAACUCUGUCCAGAAGUCCUGGAAGGCUGCGGCCUACCCCGAGCACGAGCUGUUCACUCUGAGGGAGCUGCAGUACCGCGCAGGAGGGCCCGCCUCCCGCAUCCCUCAGCGUGUUCGGCCUAUGCCAGUCAAAGCUGGUUUGGCCAAGAUGGCGGCUGCUCUACCUGAGCGCUGGGAUUGGAGGAACGUUAAUGGCGUUAACUUUGUCAGUCCUGUGCGAAAUCAAGGUGAAACUCAAUUGCUGUCCCUCAUAUCCUCCUGGAACUGAGGAAAAAAAGUGUCU